GGUUGAGGGGUACCCACAAAGAUGUUGCGUGAUUUUUUGGAAAAUUAUUUAUUUAAAUAAAAAUGGCCGCCGCAGAGAGCGGAGAAGAGAGACUAGAGGAUAAGAGUGAGGACCAGGAGGGCUCCACAGAAAAGACUUUACCGCAGCAGCAGACGCCACACAAAGUCAAGAAAAGCCGGAGGGAACGGCACGAUGCCGCUGAGAAGAGAGUGGAGCCCACCGCGCCAGGCCCUAUGCCUCAACCACCUCCACCACCGCUGCCUCUGCCGUCCGAUGACCUGGUCGCCGGCGAAUGCAUUCCUGGGGGAUCGGAAGAGCCGGUGGACCCUGCGGCUAGAGGCAGUGGUGGCUCCUCGGAAGCUCCGGAAUCCUUGGUCACGAAGCAGCGGCGUUCCGUUAUCCGAGAUCGCGGGCCGCUGUACGACGACCCGUCGCUGCCGCAGGGAUGGACGCGGAAGCUCAAGCAACGCAAGUCAGGCCGCUCAGCUGGCAAGUUCGAUGUCUACCUAAUCAACCCGGAAGGGAAGGCAUUUCGUUCCAAAGUCGAGUUAAUGGCGUACUUCCAAAAAGUGGGGGACACGGUCACGGACCCCAAUGACUUUGAUUUUACGGUGACAGGCCGCGGCAGCCCGUCGCGGCGCGAGAAGAAGCCCCCAAAGAAGCCCAAGGUGGCCAAGCCGACGGGCCGGGGCCGUGGGCGCCCCAAGGGGAGCGGCAAGCUGAGGCAGCAGCAACAGCCCUCCGCCACAGAGGGGGUGGCCGUCAAGCGCGUGGUGGAGAAGAGUCCUGGAAAACUGUUAGUCAAAAUGCCCUUUGCAGCAGCCAAAGCAGAGGCCGCUGCCACCGCUGCUGCUGCCGCCGUUGCUACCUCAGGACCCGGCCUCACUGCUGCCGGCGUCGUCAAAAUGCGGCCCGGACGGAAACGGAAGUCCGAGGUGACAACAACAACAACAACAGCAACGACUACAUCAUCGAUAGCAGAGACGCAGAGCAGCGCUCCAAAAAAGCGUGGACGCAAGCCCGGCUCGGCAAGCGCGAGCGCAGCGAGUGCGGCGGUCUCGUACGCUGCAGCGGCCAUCUUGUCUGCGGAGGCCAAGAAAAAGGCCCACCAGAAGGAGUCUUCCAUGAAGCCGGUGCAGGAGCGGGCACUGCCCAUCAAGAAGCGCAAGACCAGAGAGACCAUCGAAGGCACGGAGAGCCCCAGCCCAGCCCCUGCCCCUGCCCACAUAGAGACUGGCAUGGGAGUUGGGAGUACGGCUGUUAGUAAGGCCGAGAACACGGCUGGGAGUGGGUUUGAGUCUGGGUCUGCAAGUGUGGCAGGAGCUGGAGCCGGAGCCGGGGUGGUAAAGAGCAGCAGCAGCCCAGUGUUCUCAUCGCCGAUGACCAGCGCCAGUGGAGAAGGAGUAGAGGAUAAGCCAGAGCAGCAGGCACGGCAGGCCAAGAGUCCGGCGAGGAAGCACAAGGACGUUCCCCCUCAGGAUCCCGGGAGCAGAGCCAGCGGCAGCAGCAGCAGCAGCAGCAGCAGCGGAAUUAGCAUCAGUGGCAUCGGAGUCAGCACUGUGGUUCCUCUCUCGGGGUCUGGAUCCGUAUCUGGCAGCCUGAGCAGCAAGACGUUGCAGAAGAAGAAGGAGCGUCCGGGCCAGCAGCUGAAGCACCACCUCCACCACCAACACCAACAACCGCACCAACACCAACACCACCAUCAACUUCCCCACCACCACCACCACCAUCACCACCAUCACCACCAGGACCCACUGUUGGAGCACCAGAUCGCCUCGUUCUCCCCCCAGGCACACCAACUGUCCCUGGGCCACAGCACGCAAGGAGGGCCCCCUGUUCCUCCCCCUCCUCCUCCUCCACCUCCUCCAGUCUACCUGGAUAGCAGUGAGCCUCAGGACCUGAGCACGUCGGCCAGGAUACGGCAGGAGGUGGUGGCGUGUCAGGAGGACCAGACCAGAACCGGAAGCUGUGUCUCCUCCAAAACCACGCAGGUGGUGGUAGGGGUGGGGGUGGGGGGGUCCGACCUCAAAGCCAAGCACCAGGGUCAGGUAGGUGGUGGGAGUGAGGCAGGGACUGGGGCAGGGGCAGGGGAGGGCAGGGAGCUAAAGGACAUAGUGCCAUCCUCUGCCGUGCCCAGGCCGAGCAGGGAAGAGACGGUGGAGUCCAGGACACCAGUGAGUGAGAGAGUGAGCUGACUGACUAUAAGCAGCGAUGCAGCGUUUGUCUGUCUGUCUAUCUAUCUAUCUAUCUAUCUGUCUGUCUGGAGAACCAACAGCUUGGCUUGGAUUGGUUUUGGCGGCAGAGAAGAAAGGAGGAUUUUUUUCCCAAUUACGUUUUACAGAAAACAAAAAAAUAUAAUGAUGAGAAAAACACCCAGAAACAUACAUUUGCACACACACAAAGACACACACCCACCCACACACAAACAAAAUGUAUACAUACUUAAAACUAAAAGGCAGCUGAUAUGAAAUGUUCUCUCUGUGGGUUGGGCAGUCUAAUGAAUUACACAAAAAAUAUUGCUUCCUGGUUAGAAAUUCCAACUUAAAAUGCUCUUUUUGGGUUUUGUUUGUUUGUUUUGCUUUGUUUGGAUUUUGUUCCAGUGUACAGUCACGUCAUCCCACAUCUACCCUAUACCAUUAUGAAAAAGCUUUCAGUGCUUCAAGGUAAUGACAAACAAACAUAAUCAAAAUGAAUCAUCCUUUUCUUGUUUUACAGCAGUCUGUGGGUUGGAUAAACACAUGCUUUAGAUGUUCCUCUUAACGUACUGUAGAGAUGAGCCUUGCUGCUUUUGAAAAAUCUAUAUGUCAAGAGACAGUCCUCAUCGAUAGAUUUCUACCAGAGCUGACUGAUAGGAAAUUACGUUUGGCCGCCAUUCAAAAUUGUCUGCUCCCAAAUGUGCGAUUGUUUUUAUCUGAGGUCCAGUGUGUGUGUGUGUGUGUGUGUGUGUGUGUGUGUGUGUGUGUAUGCGUGAGUGUGUUCAUAUGUGUGUUCCCCUUUGAAGGUGUUUAUCCUCUGACACUCUUCAUAGAGGUGUGUGUUUGCCGUGAAGAGGAGGGGCAUUGUUGUUGUUGUUGUUGUGCAUAUAAGUAUUACAAGUUGGCCAUAUCCAGGCCUAAGGCAUAAGGAGGCCAUGGUACUGAGGUUUCCGUGUUUGCCAUAAAAGGUCCAUGUGAUUCAUAGGAGGCAAAAGCACAAACAGGAGAAAAUGUUUGGAAGCACAGUCUUGCACCCAGCCCCACCACCCUUGCAAAAAGGCAGUAGGCUUGAAAUUUUGCAUGACCCUUUAGUUUACAUGGAAACCACAAAACCUGCAAGCACUCAAUGUUAAUUUGCCUAGUCUAUGGGCUAGAAAACAAACCAGACAACCUUUUUGCAUUAUAAGGAAUACUAUUGUUACGUAAAAAAGUAAUGCUCUAUCCAAAGUGUAUGUCAAUGAUGUUGCAAGUUGGUGUGCUUUGUCACUAGCUUUCAGUGCGUAGGAACGAGUAUAGGGCCGUACUCAAAAAAUCAGUUGGCUCUUUGUAAUGUAUUUCUGUGAGGGUUUUUUUGUGCCAUGUCCAUUUCAAACCAUGAUGUUGCAGACUAGACUAGAAUGUGUAUCUAUUUUAAGUAAUUUAAUAUCCGAAAUGAUUGCCUAACUUUUUGAAACCAAUGUAGUGCUUAAUGUGUAUUAAUCCAGUACGCUGGGAUGUUUCUUAACAGAGAAAAAAAGCAUUGAGGUCUCACUCUAGCUUGAGAAAAAAAUCCUAAUUCCUGCACAGAAUUUCAAGCUGUGAAAAAGGUUUCUUCCACCAAAUUAGCAUCAGUUAAAGGGGUAUGCCACUAUUUUGG